UAGGUCUAUGAUGAAAACGCACUAAGAAACCUUUGUUUACUUACGUUUUCUUUUAAUGUAAAGUAUUCCUGGUAGUUGUACGACUAAUUGAGCUAUUAUGGCUGAAAAAUUUGAUAACUUAGAGGAGCAUCUGGAAAAAUUCAUCGAAAAUAUCCGUCAGUUGGGGAUCAUCGUAAGUGACUUUCAACCAAGCAGCCAGACGGGACUGAAUCAGAAGCUAAACUUCAUGAUCACUGGAUUGCAAGAUAUCGAGAAAUGCCGACAACAGCUGCACGACAUCAACGUACCUCUGGAAGCUUUUGAGUAUAUUGACCAAGGACGGAACCCCCAGCUCUACACAAAGGAGUGCCUGGAGAGAGCCUUGGCAAAGAAUGAACAGGUCAAAGGAAAGAUUGACACUAUGACGAAAUUUAAAAGUCUCCUUAUUUCGGAGUUGGGAAAGGUUUUCCCAGAAGAAAUGACCAAAUAUAAGGCUAUCCAUGGAGAUGAUCCACCAUCAUAAACUUGGCUACAACAUUGUCAUUGUCAAGUCAAAAUGUAUAUAUGUUUAUAUGCAAAUUAAGCCUUUUUUAAAAGAAACCAAGCACCAUAAAACCUUUCAAUUUUGUAAUAAUUUUCCAACAUUUUAUAUUCUGCUGCUCAUCAUGCAAAGGAGCGAUAUGAAUUUAUCAUUGUAGUUUGAUCUCCAAUCAAUGCAGAGGUAGAGUUUUGGUUUUGCUGUAUAUUGAUACUGGUAUGUGUUUUUGUUCCUUUUCAUUAAAGUUGAGGAUCUGGUAUUAUU